AUGGGUUGCAUGCACGCUUCUGGGAAGGGCUUGUCCCAGUCAGCUUUACCAUACCGACGGAGUGUGCCUACAUGGCUCAAACUAACAUCCAAUGAUGUUAAAGAACAAAUUUACAAACUGGCAAAGAAGCGCCUGACCCCAUCACAGAUUGGUGUGAUCCUUAGGGAUUCCCAAAGUGUGGCCCAGGUGCAUUUUGUGACUGGGAACAAGAUGCUCAGGAUCCUGAAGUCUAGGGGACUUGCUCCAGACUUUCUAGAGGAUUUGUAUCACUUGAUCAAGACUGCUGUGGCUGUCCGCAAACACUUGGAGAGGAACAGGAAGGAUAAAGAUGCCAAAUUCCUUUUGAUUCUUAUUGGAAACAGAAUCCACAGGCUGGCUCAUUACUACAAGCCCAAGAGGGUACUUUCUCCCAAUUGGAAGUAUGAAUCCUCCACAGCUUCAGCACUGGUAGCUUAA